UAAAUCUGAACUGCACCACCACCGUUCCCUUUUCUUCCCUAUCUCUCCUCUCACAUCCAACCAUAUCUCUCCCUCUACCUCUGCUCCCAAUCUGACGUUCUACCAUGCGGAUCCGCCGGCGAGCCUCGUCCUCGCUUCCUCUUUCUCCAGAUCCAUCACGCCCAUCUCAAAAUGGGAGUCUUGGUGUCCAAGACAGUAAAGCUGCAGAAAGGGAAAAGUUGCACCCAGUUGGGGAUCGCCAUCAUUAUGAUUUAGGGGCGGUUCGUUCCAAUGGAGGAUCUACUCCCUGUCCGAAUCCAUGCUCAGAUGUGCUUAGCCGCCGCCGCAGUGACAGCAGCAGUAGCAACACUAGUGUGCAGCGGCCUCUGAAGGAGGAGGAGGAGGAAGAAGAAGAGGAGGAGGAGGAGGAGGAAGAGGAGGAUGAGCUUAAAAGAGGGAAAGACGAGAUCAAUAGCGGCAAGAUGAUGGGUGGCAGCUCAGUUGCAGUAGAUCAUGGUAAUGGGACAGAAAGAGGAAAGGUAUCGGACGAGAGAAAGGCUAAGGGCAAGGCGAAGGCGAGAGCAGGCGCUGGCCCUGCUUCUGCGAGCCAUAGUUGCACAAUUGUUGAUUACGAGGAUACAGAUAAAGGGCCGAAUUUGAACGGCAAGAAGCGACCUCGGAGGAGUCCGGCGAUUCUGAUGGAGGGUUCCCGGUGCAGCCGCGUGAAUGGAAGGGGGUGGCGUUGCUGCCAGCAGACCCUCGUCGGCUACUCCCUCUGUGAGCACCAUCUCGGGAAAGGGCGCCUCAGGAGCAUGAGCACUUCUGCAAGAGGCCAAUUGGGAACCAGUAAGCCUAGAUGGAGCAACAUCGAAGCAAGAAACGGUACUACUUUGCCACGCCAUCAAAAGGAGGAAUUAGAGGAAAUGAUGCAAACGCUUCAGCAGUCUUCUGAUGAUCCCAGUAAUAAUAUUGUCACUGAUAGGAAUGGGGCUGACAAGAUAAAAGAAGAAGAGGAGGGUGAGGUGGAGAUGGCGAGGAACAAGAGGAAGAAGAUAGGAAUGGUGAAGGCUCGAACAAUCAGUAGUUUGCUCGACUACUCUGAUCACUCAAUUUUAUCGCAUGUCCAGGAAGUUGCAUUUCUGCCUCCAACUAAUGGCAUUGGCAACCAGUGAGUUGAUAAAAAUAAUUGAUUAGCAUUGUCUUCACAUUCUGUUUUAUCGUUCAUGAACUUGUUCCACUGGAUUGUGAGAGUUAUAUUUGUUUUGUUUCGGGGAUGGCUGGUUAGUGCAAGCCUUAUAGAAUUCGUUCAUUAACUUGUUCAACUGGACCAUCUGCUGGACAAAUUCAUCUUCGAAAUCCUAAUUUUUGCGUGGUCCUUUUCUUGGGUUGCAUUGCACCAUGCCAUAGAUGCUCCUAAGUUUGUAUAUGCUGAUGUAAGGCUACUUUCUGUUUCAAUGUUAUGAAAAAUUUCUCCACUAAA